AGAAUUAUAGUGUCCCACAAUCAGCGAUCGAACAAGAAAGCAGAACGCUGCCGUAAGUCCGGUCGGUAGUUAAGGAAAGUUUUUUCAGUUUUCGAAAAUGGCCUGCUUGAGACACAUGGUAUUCGCGGCGGCGGCGGCUGUCCUGUUGGUUCACGUGUUUGGGGCGGCUACCAUGGUCAAGAGGUCGGAGACAUCAAAUCAAGAAGCUGAAUCCUGCUCUGGAAGAACGCCUUGUGGGUGGGCUAUCUACAACAGGACGACGCGAUACAUCGAGUAUUUUAUGAAGAACAGGUGCUUUUGUGACAACGAAAAGAAGUGCCUGAGAGACGACGACGACAUCUCCAUAGCGGCCUACGUGUACCGUUGCAAAGUGGAGGUACUUCAGGAGGGGAGCAAGUCAUGAUUUUCGAAUUCCCCGAUAAAAGCAUAGGGAAAAUUUUCUCAAAAUUAACCUAAACGAAAUAUUUACAAACACACACACACAUCCAAUUUAGUUCCUAGACUUUAUUUUUUGUAGAUUUAAUAGAUCCUGAAGUAGAUGCAUCUCGACUGAUCAGUGUUAAUGUAGGAUUUUUAUACAAGUAUUUUAUGUAUGUUAAGACAGCUUAUAUGAUGACCUCGACACAUCAGCUUUGUAAACUGUAUAAUCGUAACAGAAAAUUAAAAUGUUAGGUAGAUGUAAUAUAUUGGUUACAGCUUUAUAAUAUGAAUCUAUGUAUCAACUAAGAAAAAGAAAUUAAUAAAUUAAACUCAGCAGACAACCAAUUUUUUUGUAAGAUAUUAGGUAGAUAUGUAUGGUAUCAACAACGAUGUUUACAACAAAUACAUUAAUUUCUGUUAGAAAAAAUAUUUAUUAUAUGUGUUUUUGUAAUACAAUCGUGCAAUUGCAAUUUGUUCUGUUUUAUUUAUUUUUCUUAGGUGCAUAUAAGUUUGUUUUGUAAGAUCACUUGUUCUGUUUUUAAUUAUAUAGUUCAUGUUCUGUGCUUUUUAAACAUUCUUUUAUAAAAUGAUGUGUUCUGGUCUUUAAUGAGUGUAUAUUUUAGUACUUACCUUAACUUAUUAUUGAAUGUAUCAUUAUCAGAGUAGAUUAUACGGGGGGAAUUGGUUGCUAAACUACUUCUCUCAGUUUAUUUGGUAGUAUUUAGUAUUAUUUUAGAUUAGUUGAAAUUAAUAUGUCAUCAUGAUUCACGUGUCAUACUCACUUAUUGUAGCUACAUCUUACUUUCUAGUACAGUACAAGAAAAUGUCAUUAUCUUUAGAUAUUUUCUGUAAUACAUGUUUACAGUUUCUACAAUGGACCUUUCAAUGGAUUUUUAUUGUGCAUUAAAUAAAUAAUUUCUGAACAGA